AUGGAUUUUCAACAUCGAGUUGGGGGUAAAACUGGCUCUGGAGGUGUAGCUUCUGAAUCAGAAGCUAACCGCGAUAGACGUGAACGUCUUCGACAACUAGCCUUAGACACUAUUGAUCUUGAAAAGGAUCCUUAUUUUAUGAAGAAUCACCUGGGUACAUAUGAAUGUAAAUUGUGUCUUACUCUUCACAACAACGAAGGAAGCUAUCUCGCUCAUACUCAAGGUAAGAAGCAUCAAUAUAAUUUGCAGAGAAGAGCACAUGAGCAGGCAAAAGAAAGUCCAGCUACAUUGCAACCAGAAAAGGCUAGAGUUGAGCCUAAAAAGUUUAUCAAGAUUGGUCGUCCAGGAUAUAAAGUGACUAAACAGAAAGAUCCAGAGACCGGACAACAGUCAAUGCUAUUCCAGAUUGACUAUCCAGAAAUCGCAGAUGCUGCUGGUGUUGUCCCUCGACACAGAUUCAUGUCAGCUUAUGAACAGCAUAUUGAACCUCCUGAUAGGAAGUGGCAGUACCUUCUGUUUGCUGCUGAGCCCUAUGAAACUAUUGCCUUUAAAGUUCGUAGUCGAGAAGUUGAUAAAGAUCCUAAAAAAUUUUGGACUUAUUGGAAUCCGGCUUCCAAACAGUUUUUCCUUCAAUUUGCCUACAAAUUGGAGAAUCAACAGUCCUCCGUGGUAUUGCGUGAGUUGGAGUUGCAGAAGGUUCGAGCCCAACAGGCUCAAAUGCAACUUCAACUGCCGCCCCCACCUCCUCCACCACCACCAGCGGCCUCUACAAUGACCCACUACAGUAUGGGUGGAAUGAAUCAGACGUCAGCAUUGCCGUUGGGUGCAUCAUUCGGUGGUGGAAUGGCUCCCCCUCCGCCCCCUCCACCACCUCCAAUGUCAGCGACCACAGUGGGACAACAGCCACCUCCGCCGCCGCCACCUCUUUUGUCUGCACCACCACCCCCUCCGCCACCUCCACCGCCAUCUUCUUAG